GCAAAGUCCGCCGGCCUGGCCAGAAGAUAUAUAACUGGCGACGUCAGUGCAUUUCGCCAGCCUGCCUUGACGAUGGACCACCACAGAUGGGCCCAUGAUCUCAGUUGGCGUACCCAUGAGGUGUUGAAAUACAGAUCGGAGUUCGAACCCGGAUGAUGAACAAAAUGUACAACUAGCGAUGACAGUGUAGUUCGACGGGCUGGAGGCUAAGGAGAGGCCGACGAGAGCACUGAAAGAGAGCGGCCGAGGUUAGGAGAGGGGCGGAGGGGAGGCGGCAGAUGUUAGGAGAGCGCCGCGCUGAGGAGAGAGAGCAGAGCAUUUUAAGCGAACAGGAUCAUCAUCCAAGUGCUUGCUGAACGUCAAGAUACAUUUUUGGGGGGAUUGUAAUACAUUUUUGGGGUGAUUGUAAGUCCUUGGUGCAGCCAGCUGCAACGGCCGGAGCAGGUGCACCCGCUGUUCUUUUUUUCUGCCGUAGGAAGGAAGGAAGGAAGGCAAGCAGGGAAGGAGAAGGAGAAGGAGAAGGAAAGAAAUGGUGUCUGCCCAGAGCAUUAAGGUUCUUUCAGCAUGCCGAUGGUCACCCCAGCAAGUUGGGGAGAGGAUAAACCAGGGAGUAUUAACCGGGGAGGGGUGCAUCAGAACAAGAAGAAUUGGGACGGGAAUACCUCUGAGGUGCCGCGACUCCUGUGGCUGCAAAGCUGUCUCGUCCGCCGUCUUCGGCGAGAGGUGCUUAUCUCCUUCGCUGCCAUGCCGUGUUGUUGAGCUCACGCGCAAACAGCGGCAAAGAAGAAGAAACAUAUUGCAAGCAUUGAAGGAGGAGACAAGUGAGAAGAGCGCAAAGGAAGAUGUGGAUGAAUACACUCGGAAGUUCGGAUUAGAGGCGGGGCUUUGGAAGGUAUUCACGUCGAAAGAGGACGCGUCUGGAGAUGGCAAACCCGAAAAGAAGAAUCAGGCAAAAGAAUUACUUGCACGAUAUGGAGGGGCGUAUCUUGCGACUUCGAUAUCCCUGUCCUUGGUGUCGAUUACCGUCUGCUAUGCGCUGAUCAAUGCGGGAGUGGAUGUCGCCAGCCUGCUUGCUAAGGUUGGCAUCAAUGUGGACGAAACAGGGGAGAAAGUAGGCACAUUUGCACUAGCAUAUGCAGCGCAUAAAGCGGCAUCUCCCAUACGAUUUCCACCAACAGUUGCACUGACACCAGUUGUUGCAGGAUGGCUUGGAAAAAGUCCAAAAGAAAAGGAGGGGGAGGGCCCCUCCAACAAGCCAGACGAGGAAUGACUGGCGAGUUUUGAGCCAGAAAUCUGUGAAUACUGCCCUUUAAACAGGAGUUGAGCUCUCGAGUGUAGCAGAGUGUAGGUGUACAGACAGGCUCGUCCUCUCCUCCGCAUUCACCUUGCUGUUCCCUGCUGAUGCUGUUUCUGUUGCUGCCACCGCAACUGCUGCUGCUGCUGCUGCUCUUGACGAAUGAUUGAUGAUUAUGGUAAUGAUAAUGAGGAUGCUGCUGCUGAUGAUGAUGGCAUCAUCAUACCUGGACUCUUAUGAAUGGUCAGAAUGUUUCUCUUGAAAAAAAAAAAGAAAAAAAAAAGGAAUGGUUUUGCAUUAUAAGCAUUCAGAGCGAUACAGGCAAUCCCGAACGCGUCUUCGGCGCCGACGAAGAAUACACUACACGAGCAUUGACCACCAACAAGGGCGCCUUUGGCUCCGGCGAAUAUGCAAUCGCGGGCUCAGCCUCCCUCGAUAACGAUAAUGAGAAGGUCGACAGAGCCGCUGUAGUAGGGGAACUGAAGGGCGAACUUCCCGGCGAAGCAAGUUACUCUGUGUGUGUUGGUGGUUAGUGCACCCACCCACACCGAUCGACUUCAGAGAAGACUACUUUAUGUAUGUAUGUAUGUAUGUAAUUAUGUAGGUAGCAAGCAGGUUGGGUCACUAUGUGAUGCAAUGGGGGUCCUGUCUUUCUGAUCAUUUCGUUCCGUCAGACAGGAUGUC